GCCUCCCCCGCGGCCGCCGCCCCGCCCCGCGCCGCCGCCGCCUGCCACCCGCUCUCCGCGCCGCGCACGCCCCGGAGGAGCCCCUCGGCCUGCGCGCGCCAAGAAGACAGGGGUUAAAAUGAACGGAGACCCGAAGGCCAAUGUCAGCGGCUGGCUCCGGGAUUACUUAGAUGCCGGCGCUGCUGUGGAGAACGUCUCAGCUGCCGCCUCCUCCCGGGUUCCGGGUGUAGAGCCAGAGCCAGAGCCAGAGCUCGUGGUGAACCCCUGGGACAUUGUCUUGUGCACCUCAGGAACGCUCAUCUCCUGUGAAAACGCCAUCGUGGUCCUUAUCAUCCUCCACAACCCCAGCCUCCGCGCACCCAUGUUCCUGCUGAUAGGCAGCCUGGCCCUGGCAGACCUGCUGGCCGGCGUCGGACUCAUCGUCAAUUUUGCUUUUGCCUACCUGCUUCAGUCGGAAGCCACCAGGCUGGUCACCAUAGGACUCAUUGUGGCCUCUUUCUCUGCCUCCGUCUGCAGCUUGCUGGCCAUCACUGUUGACCGCUAUCUCUCCCUGUACUAUGCUCUGACAUACCAUUCAGAGAGGACGGUCACUUUCACCUAUGUCAUGCUUGUCAUGCUCUGGGGGACCUCCAUCUGCCUGGGGCUGCUGCCCAUCCUGGGCUGGAACUGCCUCAGAGACGAGUCCACCUGCAGCGUGGUCCGGCCUCUCACCAAGAACAACACGGCGGUCCUCUCCAUCUCCUUCCUCUUCAUGUUCGCGCUCAUGCUUCAGCUCUACAUCCAGAUCUGCAAGAUCGUCAUGCGGCACGCCCACCAGAUAGCCCUGCAGCACCACUUCCUGGCCACCUCGCACUACGUGACCACCCGCAGAGGGGUCUCCACCCUGGCCCUCAUCCUGGGCACCUUUGCUGCUUGCUGGAUGCCUUUUACCCUCUAUUCCUUGAUAGCUGACUACACCUACCCCACCAUCUACACCUACGCCACCCUCCUGCCCGCCACCUACAAUUCCAUCAUCAACCCUGUCAUCUAUGCCUUCAGGAACCAAGAGAUCCAGAAAGCCCUCUGCCUCAUUUGCUGCGGCUGCAUCCCCUCUAGCCUCUCCCAGCGAACGCGGUCCCCCAGCGACGUGUAGCAGCUUUCCAGCGACAGGGUGCUGCUCACCCAAUGCUGCAUCUACCGAGCACUUCCACUGCCUGGCCCACGGCCCAGAGCUUUCCUUCGAUUCUUUACGUUGGAUUCGCUGGGAGCCACAGAAACACUUAGCAUUCGUGAUCCCUUCAUUCAGAUCAGUUAAGUGAUUGGAGUGAAAAUAACGUUACCAGUGUCUUCACACUUUUUAAAAAAUUGUUGAGUUGUUUGCUCAACAUUUUGUUGUUGUUUAGGAAUGGGGGGUUUGUUUUAUAUUUUAUUUGGAGGGUCUUCUUUAUUUAUAUUUUGUUUGGAAGGUUGAUGAUGGGUCAAAAAGGCCAUGGUGUUAUAGAAAAUAAACUGAUCCCAGAGUUCUUACCUGGACUUUAAAAUAUAAUAAAACCGAGUUACUGAGGAAAAUGCAGUUACUCUUUCUAGACUUUUUUUUAAUGUCAAGGUGGAUUUUCAAUACUACAUGUAUCUAACAGAAUACAGUCUCUUUUGUGCCAGUGAAAAUAUUUUACAUGCUUUUGCUGGGAAGAAACCUGAUUUUGUAAACAUGAACUCAAUAAUAAGUUACCAACACUGAAACUGUGAACCCAUUCUUAUUCAUUCUUUCUUCACCUUCAGUAGUCACUGUUGACAAGAAUUACUCUGGUAUUUCUGUGAAUGUUGUAACCAUUUCUGCAUGGUUGCCUGUAUUAGCUAGACCACUUGUUUCAAAUGUUGUCAUGUAAAUCCAGAAUCAAAUGCAUCAUUUUUCAACAUAGGUUUUUAGUAUAUCCUUUAAAAGUGAAUUAUGAAAUUUGUUUUUAUUUACAUAGGAAGUUGGAUUCACCUUGUAGUUUCUUAAGCCACAGUCUUAUUGUUUUUAGGAAACAAAAUGAAAAAAUUAAUAAUAUCUCUUGAAAGUAGGUUAAAUAUAUUUCAGUAUAUUCUGAAAUAAAAAUCAAUGCAAAGCUAUCACUUUUGAAAUAUGAAAAAGCUAUCACUUUUUAUAAUAUGAAAAACAUCACUUUUCCUAUCUUCAUCUAAGACUGAGUUAAUAGUUUUUCUUGAUUGAGACAAAUAGAAUUAAAUAUUAUAGACCACACAUUUAUGGUUCAUAUUGUCAAUGGUGUAAAAUACAUUUGAAACAGGUGGUCUCCUUUUUUAAUUAUUAUUUUGUUUAUGAGUGCAUAACACCCAUAUCUAAUUGUGACAUAUCAUGUAAGUUCACCAGUGGCUCUUCAUAAAAAGUUAAGUUUCAACUUUUUUCUUCUUUUCACCAAAAAACCAACUUAAAUGCAAUAAAAAUUGUAUUGCCUGUUUUCAAAGAGCAAGGAUUUCAUGAGGAAAUUACACAGAAGACCUGACUUUAAACAUA